CUACUGUCUGACAAAGCACUUUUGCUUUGUUUGAUUCCGUGCGCCCGGCACAUUUGCGCACGUCGUUUCAUAUUAUUUUGAUACGUAGCUCAUAAGUAUAUCAAAACCAAAAAUCUGUAUUUUAUUUAUUCAUGAUUACGCUGACGAGAUGCCAGGGAUCAUGAAGGCCUUCAUUGUUUUUUCCGUUUUUUACGUCGCUGCUUUCGCCGUCGAGGACUUCUGUUUCCAAGACGCAGUUACGGCUUGUAAUCCCACAGCCGCCAAAUAUGUGGAAAAAUUAAAUUGUACCGCCAAAUAUGGAGCGAUCGACGGAUUAGAAACAGGAAUUCAAAAAUUCACGAACCACCACAUAAUCAGAUCGUUCGAAUAUCUCCUUCUAUCGACGAAUUUCGCGACGUACGAGAGGAAUAGGAAAGGUUUCGAAAAACUUUUCCGCGAUUUGUCGGAUAAUAAAUGGCACGAGGGAAUCGAGCUUAUCAAGUACAUCACGUCGCGAGGCGGAGAACACAAUUUCAACGUUAUAUCUAGUGAAGUGAAAGGAGAAGAAAUCGAACCAGUUAGUUUCGAUCUUCGCGAAUUAACGGCUAUAGCUAAAGCUUUGGAUACGGAGAAGAAGUUUGCUAACGAAGCUCACGCUCUUCACCGAGAAGCUACCAGGAACAACAGACAAUUCCACGAUCCGGAAAUUUCAGAUUAUAUCGAACACGAAUUCGCGCACAAAGAGAAGGAUUUGAUAAGGAAACUCGCCGGUUAUUCGAGCGAUUUAACCAAAUUGCUUAGUGGACCUGAUCAUUCUUUGGCAUUGUUCAUGUUCGAUGAAUAUUUACAAAAACAAUAAAUUAUUUAAGCGUAGUUUGUUUUUUCAUAUCAAUAGAUUUAGGUUAGUUAUUGUUCUCUAUUGUACUUUUCGGUUUUUGUAUAAAAACAUUUGAAUAAUAUAAAUUUUUGUCAAAUACGUGAAUAAAUAGAAUUCCUCUAA